GUUCCGAGGCGGCUAGUUCAAAGUAUGCCCUUCAAGGUCGGAGAGAUGAUAGGAUUAUCGGAAGAAAUAUUCCCUGGCUUAUAUGGAUAUCUGUUGAUACUUAUCCUAAUAGUUUUUGCAGCUUUACUCCUGUAUCUACUUUCGAACACAAAUGUUCUACAGCCCUGGCUGAAUUCUUGUGAAUUAUCCUCCGAUGAAACAAUCAUGGAUUUUUCAAAGUCUCCCACAGUGAGAAUUUUACAGUACUGUUUUUCGGAUAUCUUUGUGGAGUUUUCAGGAUUUAUCCAUUAAGUUUUCAUGCAUUUUGAAUCAACGGACGUUUGUGUUGCAGCUGAAUCAUCUAGUCGUUCACGUAGAACUUCUUGUUCAAUCCAUGUAAAUCGUAAUUUACCACAAGACUAUUCUUCACAGUCAACUGAAGUUGAGCCUACUAAAAAGUCAAAAACACGUAAACGAUCAGUUCGUAAAGUGGUAUCAGCAGUUUCUACAACAUCACCUUCUAUUCAGUCGGAAAGGUCUUCUCCAUCGUCAUCUGAUUCAGUUGAUUUGAAUUCUGAUAGUAUUUUGGAAGGGGUGAAGGAAAGUUUUAUCCACGAGAAAGUUGCUCUCUGUCACGAGGAAGUACCAAUUGUUAGUAGACUGUCGACAUCUACUGAUGCUAUCCAGAAGGAUUCAGACGCUAAUACAAAUCACCAACCAGUGAAGACAUGUAAUGUUCCGGUCAAAUCUCAUAAGGAGAAGAAAUCAGAUGUCAUACUCCAAGAAACAUCCAAGGUUAAAUCAAUGCCGUCGUCGGCAUCAUUAUCUAUUACUCAAACAAAUGAUUCAAAUAUUAUUAUGCCUACUACUGCCACUAUUUCAGAUGUGUUGGAUGGCGCUAGUGAUGAAAAUGACGGUGGGUGGUUAAGCGCAAAUACAAAGACAACUAGACGCCGGCGACGUAAUAAAGACAGCAGACAGUCUGAAAGUAAAGAUCAUGAUGACAUGGUUGGAAGCAAAUCAAACAUACACGUUGUUUCACCACAGUCACAGCAAACCUCAUCAGCAGAACAAAACAAGAAUGAAUCUGAUACUGUUCAUUUCAGUGAUCAGGACCAACACUGUUUAGUUACUGAGUCUAGUCCUUCUGAAAGACCUGAACCUGAGUGUGACCACAAACUAGUUGAUGACUGCUUAACGUCUCAACCAAAUGUUGAUACUACUACUACUACAGCCACUUGCAAUGAACAGAAAGCUGCUGAACAACCUUCAGUUGAUCAACAUGUUUCUAGCACUUCUGAUUCUAUUAUUCCUACGCCGAAACGGAAGCGUCGUAAUGCACCGCGUAAAACUGUCCAAAGUCAUAUUCCUAAUGAAGAUGGGAAACCUCACGAUACAUUAUUAUCAUCGAAUAAGAAAUCGAUUGAUUCAGUAUCACCAUGGGUUUCAUCGUCUUCGAUGCCAAAAAGAGGCCAAGAUAAGCAAAUUGAUGAUGAGAGUGAAUUUGAAUUGAUAGAAAUACCUAAUGCAUCACCUCAACCAUCUUCGUCUUCCUCAGCAGCAGAAUCAGAAUUCGAAAUGAAUCCAAGUAUUGAAGAGGCAAUAUCACCUCCCGAUCUAUCUCAGUUUCCUCCAUUAGUUAAAGCUGAUAGUGGGGAUCCGAUUUCAGUAACAAUGGAACCAGAAGUACUCGAGGGUGGCAGACAUCCACAAGCUAAUAAAUUGUUAAAAUUAGCUCUGGGUAAUAAUAAUAAUAAUAAUAAUAAUAACAGUACUAAUAAUGACAAGCAUGCUAAUGAACAGGAAGUGCACCAACGUCAAUCAACCUCUACACCAGAACCUAUCGAAGCCUCUCCUAUUAUUGUCCCAGCAAACAGUAAUAGCAACAAAGGUAUUGCAAAACGUGCGAAAGCAAGGAAAGCUGACUGAAUUAGUCUCAAAAAUUACCUUUGUUUGGUCUGAUCCCUUCCAGUUUUUUUGUUUUUCAUGUAAUUUUCGUCUCAGAGAUGUAUACGAUUUCCUCAUUUAUAAGGGCAGAUUUUGUCAGUAUACUCUUUACUUGGUUGAAAGACUUCUCCUCGUAUAUUCAUCAAGUCAGCGUGACACGUUUGUUUUAUGCAUAGGACAUUACACUAUUGUAUCUCUAUAGAAUUCUGGUAUUGUGUAGAGCGAUUGAUUUGAUAGAUAUUUAUCUGCAAAGGAUCAGGAUAUAAGUCAGGGUUUUCUUCUUCUUUGAUUUCUUUUCCCCGCACCACAAUGAUUGAUGAUAUCGAUGAUGCGAAAAGGUAACUAUCUCAUACACACACUAUAUAUCUUUCUUUAGUUAUUAUUUUAGUAUAAAUCUACUUAUUACUUUUUACUGGUUCAUUUUCCCUUGUAAAUGUUUAUCUUUACCUUUCUGUAUGCUCUGUUACUUUUCAGCUUUCCUUCGUCUGUUUAUCAAGAACGAGUGUUGUUGAUAACCAUCUAUGUGUAAUAGCAGCAAACAGCAAUAGUUUAUAUUUUAAUGACCUUUAUACCAAUAUUCCACUUAUGUAUUUUUUUCUUCAUCUCUUUGCUUCGUAUUUGGCGCCAACAAUGCUGUGAUAUAGCUCAUUCACUAAGCUGCCAACUCAUUUAUAGUUACCUCAUGGACUUUUUUUAAAUCUUACCCAUUGUUUGCUUGUAAAUGUUUGCAUUUCUUUUGAAUUUAUCCUGCUAUACUGUGUGUUGACAAUGUGUGUUUUGCAGCAACUAUUGUGUUUUGAUGGCGAUUUCUUUUCAUUUGUGUACCCUUAUAGUUUCGCUACAAACUGUUCCUAUAUGUCUCUCUCUCUCUCUCUGUUUGUAUGUGUGUCUAACUAACUCCCCUGUCUGAUGCAUGUGACUGCACUUGCCUCGUGAAUAAUUUCGUUCAUUCUACACCAUUGUCCUGUCACCAUUUUUUGAUUACGUAAUGUUGAGUAUUCAUAAUUAAUUAGCGCAUGUUUGUUAAAGAUGAACUGAAAUUGAAUCUUCCCCCGCUUUUUUUCUUUAGUCAAAAGAUGGUAGAUCAAAGAGGAUUUAAGAUUUAAUUAUUAUUGUUAUUAUCUUUAUUUAUCUCGGAGAAAUUGAACUAUAUUAUGAUUAUCGUCCCUAUUUUUCUGUUGCACUUCGGUUUAUUGGAUUUUUUUGUUUUAUUUAUUUGUUUUGACGGAUUAAUUAAUUUGUUUACAUAUUCAUUUAUAUUGUGUGUUUAUUUGCGCAUUUGAAUGAGAAAAACUGGGUUAAUCACAGGAACAAAUAAUUUAGAUGUCCUC